AUGUCGGCCACGUGCGCCGUGUCCCGUAAAGCACAGCCGCCGCCGCCAGGGCCCCCGGGUGAGAGGGAUCCGCCGGCCAAAGCGAUGCGCAAGGGAUUGCGGCAGGGUCACGAGGAGGAGCGGGAGCAGAUGCUGUGGCCAGGAGAGAGCGCCGGCGGCGGGAGUGGCGAUCCCGACGUGGAGCAGGCGGCUUCAAUGAGCGACGAGCGGCGGAGGCGGCAGCCUCAAGAGCCGAGGGCGUUGGCAGCGGCUGCCAGGGCAGCGACGGUGGAGGAGGAGGAACGUCUGGAGCGGGAGCACUUCCGGAGGAUCAUCAACGCCUUCCGAUACUACGGAACGAACAUGCAUGAACGAGUGAACAGAACAGAGAGGCAGUUUAAAUCUCUCCCAGCUAAGCAACAGAGUCUUCUUCCACAAUUCCUUCCUCACCUUGACAAGAUUCGGAAGUGCAUUGAUCAUAAUCAAGAGAUCCUGCAGACCAUUGUGAAUGACUGUGUUCAUAUGUUUGAAAAUAAAGAAUAUGGAGAAGACGGAAGUGGAAAGAUUACACCAGCUUCAACAUUUGACAUGGAUAAACUAAAAUCCACUUUGAAACAAUUUGUGAGAGACUGGAGUGAAGAGGGAAAGCCUGAGAGAGAUUCCUGCUACCAGCCAAUUAUUAGUGAAAUUGUAAAGAACUUUCCAAAAGAAAGAUGGGAUUUCUCCAAAGUUAAUAUCCUGGUACCUGGUGCUGGGCUAGGUAGAUUGGCGUGGGAAAUAGCUAUGCUCGGUUAUGCUUGCCAAGGAAAUGAAUGGAGCCUGUUUAUGCUCUUUUCUUCUAACUUUGUACUCAACAGAUGCUCUAAAAUUAACUCAUGUAAGCUUUAUCCCUGGAUUCAUCAGUUUAGCAAUAACAGAAAAUCUGCAGAUCAAAUACGUCCAAUUUAUUUCCCUGAUGUUGAUCCUCACAGUCUUCCUUCCGGUUCAAACUUCUCUAUGACAGCAGGAGAUUUUCAAGAAAUAUAUUCUGAGUGCAAUACGUGGGACUGCAUAGCAACUUGCUUUUUUAUAGACACAGCACAUAACGUUAUUGAUUACAUUGAUACUAUAUGGAAAAUACUAAAGCCUGGAGGAAUAUGGAUAAAUGUAGGUCCUCUCCUUUACCAUUUUGAAAACUUGGGAAAUGAACUUUCUAUAGAAUUAAGCUACGAGGACAUAAAAAACGUUAUACUGCAAUAUGGAUUCCAUAUAGAGGUGGAGAAAGAAUCUGUACUGUCAACUUACACUGUGAAUGAACUUUCCAUGAUGAAAUACUACUAUGAAUGUGUGUUGUUUGUGGUGAGAAAACCAGAAUAA